AACCACCUCAAGCGUGAACACGUAGAGGUCAUUAAUGACCUAAUGACUUUAUUUUUUGAUUCUUGAUUUUAUUAUUCGAUUUGAACAUUCAAAGCCUGGCAUAUACAAAAGCCAAGCAAAUAUGCAACUGAAAUGCAAAAACAAUUUUUUGUGCAAGGAAUAUGUAACAUUAAUGACUUACCUUCUGUUUGCGCUAUAAACAAGAGCCUACAAGCCAAGUUAAUCGAAUUUUUCAAAUUAUUAUUAUUUUUUGAAUAUUGAAGAUUCGUUUUCAUUAAUGAAUCUUCGAAUCGAAUAAUGAAAUCAAGAAUCAAAAAAUAAAGUCAUUAAUGAUCUCUACGUGUUCACCCUUCAGGUAGUUUGACUGUAAUGAAAUCCAGCAUUAUAGUAAUCCUCAUGAUCAAGCUUCUGCCAAGGAUAUUUCCAUGAGGCUUAUGCAGUCAGUCAGCAGAGUGUUAAGAUGUUAAUGUUGCAGGAAGAGCAGCUGUGGCAACAUCAAGCAGGCUGUUCCAAUGCCUGGUCAUUCUAUGCAGGACACUGAUUUUGGAGGAAGGGCUUUUACUCAGAAGAAAGAAAAAAACGGGAUAGAAUGUAUUAAUAAAUUGAGGACCACACUUCCAGACAUUGAGCACUGAAGGGCUGGCUGUAUGGCAGCUUGGCCUUGAUACUACUAACAUCCUUGGAGGAUUUACAGACUGAUCAGGAACGGAAUGGAAUGGCGAGAACUGCUAUGAAAGAAAGCAAGUUAAAGGUGCAGUCCACGGCGAUGAAACUGUCGACAAAGACAUCAACCAGGUUGACCCUAUCCCCCAAGGAUGAAAGAAAAACCUUAACAGGACAAGGGGAAAUAAAGGAAGAUACUCUUUGCAUUCAGGCAGGCAUUGAAGGCAAACAAAAUUCAAGGAGCACAAACCGUGCUGCUCAUUUGUUUACAAACGCGGCCUUUCCGCUUGGUUUUACGCCAUCGCAGUGCGCGCUCCUGGCAUCUCGACAACGAAACUCAAACUACCUUUACUUCAAGGCAAGCAACAACUGGGAGAAAUCUAAACCGUAUUCCAAUGAAACCACAAGUGUUUCUAGUACACCUGACUUAAGGUCCUCUUUAAGACAUGAAGUCGAGGCUAAAGGGGUAAAAUCUCCAAGUAAACUCUUGGCACCAAUAAAUGCCGGAAGAAAAAACAUUAAUGAGAAAACCGGUUUGACCGGAUAUUUCAAGUGGAAGAGCAAAGAAGAGGUAGCUAAGUACUUAGCUGCGCAUGCGCAAGCUCGGUUGCUAUGGAUACAAGAGUCGGAAAAGAUGGAUGAAGAUGUAUCUAACAGGAGAAACGAUUUCAAUCUAAGAUUAAGCGAAAAAAUAAGAUCUCCUCUUAGAAAUCCUGUUUAUCUUUUCAAUAAGGAUUCCAAAAAACGUUUUUGAAAAGAAAACCAGCAACAGCAACAUACAAACAAACAAAAAACAAAGGGAAAAAGGCAUAAAAAUGGAACGAAAUUUAAAUUUAAUUUAUAUUCAGUGUUUCCAUCACAAUUUUGUAUCUUUGAAAACAUUUUUUGAUUUAGAAUUAUAAAUAGAAAGGCAAACUUGCUUAAAAGUUAUUAACGUGUUAACGUGAAUAUGUUAAACUGAAUCUGCGUGUGAAUUUGUCACUUUGCAGAUAAACAAUAGUAAAAAGAGUGAGAAAACGAAUUAGAAAAAGAAAGUGCAGACCGUUUUUCACUAAACACUAAACUAUUUCAGAUGUUCCAGGCCUGGAAUGAGAUAACGUUUACGUUUUUUCAAGACUAUGUACUUAUUGACUGAGUGGGAGGGCCGUACGGGAAAAUAUUUGGCUCAAGGUCAUGUCGUACGGACCGAGCGCAGCGAGGUCCGUACAAAUGACCGAGAGCCAAAUAUUUUCCCGUACGGCCCGACCUAACUCAGUCAAUAAGCAUUUUAUCAUAUGACCCUCACGAAAAUAAAAAUAAUUAAGAAAAAGAAAGCGCGCGGAUUCGAGCAGGGCCGGACGGGUUUUUCCGGCCCGCUUACGUCAACCCGUCCGGCCCCCAUCACGACUUUUUCCAGUGGUUUUAUUAGAGCGCGCGAGCAGGGCCGUACGGGUCAUAUGAUAAAACCUCUUACUUUGGUGCCAAAGUUUUUCCACUUCACUCCAUGUGUCAUUUCCUAGAGCAUCGUUUUUUUGUUUCACGGUUUUACAUGAAAAAAAUCUUAUUCUCAAGUCCACGUGCCAUUCCCUAGAGUAUCAUAUCUUUGUUUAAUGGUUACA